CUUUCCUUAUUGAUCUUGAAGAAUGCCUCAAAACGAACAUAUUGAAGAGCACAUUAAGCGUCAUGGACGUCGUCUCGAUUAUGAAGAGAGAAAACGUAAGAGAGAAGCUCGUAUGGCGCACAAGUCUUCUCAAAUAGCACAAAAACUUCAUGGUCUUAAGGCCAAAUUGCAUAAUAAGAAACGUCAUGCUGAAAAGAUUCAAAUGAAGAAGACUAUCAAGCAGCACGAGGAAAAGAAUGCCAAGCAAAAGACAGCCGAUGCCGUACCGGAUGGUGCUGUUCCUACCUAUCUUUUGGAUCGUGAGGGUGAAGAUCGUGCCAAGAUUUUGAGUAAUAUGGUGAAGCAAAAGAGAAAGGAAAAGGCAGGCAAAUGGGCUGUUCCUCUGCCCAAGGUGAGAGGUAUUGCUGAAGAUGAAAUGUUCAAGGUGAUGAAGACGGGUAAAAGCAAGUCAAAGCAAUGGAAACGUUUGGUCACAAAAGCUACAUUUGUUGGUGAAGGCUUCACUCGUAAGCCUCCAAAGUAUGAACGAUUUGUUCGUCCUAUGGCACUUCGUUACAAGAAGGCACAUGUUACACAUCCCGAACUAAAAGCUACUUUCUGUUUGCCUAUUAUUGGUGUCAAAAAGAAUCCUCAAUCUCCCUUAUAUACCCAACUUGGUGUGAUCACUAAAGGUACUGUUCUCGAAGUGAACGUCUCUGAAUUAGGUCUAGUGACAACCAGUGGUAAGGUUGUCUGGGGUAAAUAUGCUCAAGUUACCAACAAUCCUGAAAAUGAUGGCUGUAUCAAUGCUGUCUUGUUAGUUUAAAUUAUUUUACUUGUUCAUGUCAUUUUCGUUUUCUUUAUUUUUAAAUAUAUAUAAAUAAUAUGCAUCCCCUCCCUGUUAUUUUGUAUCAUUCUCUUUCUCUCUUUUCCUAUUAGAAAUAAACAUAAAAAUA